UAGAAGAAGAAGAAUGUAACUUAUGGCUGACAGCUGCUGUUAAACAGCAAAGAAGAAGAAGAAGAGUCCAAAGUUUGUAGGGACCUAAACUAGCAGCUCAAAGAUGGAGAUGCAGCUUCCGCCCCACGAGGGAGAUGAGCUCUCUGUGGUCGACAUGCACACAGGUGGAGAGCCUUUACGGAUCAUCGUCAGCGGAUACCCAGAGGUCAAAGGUGACAGUGUGUUAUCCAGGCGGCGUUACGUCCGGGAACAUCUGGACCACCUCAGGAGAGUGUUGAUGUUCGAGCCGCGGGGACACUAUGACAUGUACGGUGCCCUCAUUGUGGACAGCGAGAUACCCGAAGCCGAUCUGGGGGUGCUCUUCAUGCACAACGAGGGGUACAGCACCAUGUGCGGACACGCCGUCAUCGCGCUUGGACGCUUCGCUGUGGACUACAAACUGGUUAAAGAGCCGCAGUCACCAGAGACGCAAGUGAACAUACACUGUCCCUGUGGUCUGGUGAAGGCAUUUGUUGAGUAUUCAAACGGUAAAACAGGAGGGGUGAGGUUUCUAAGUGUGCCAGCGUUCGCGUUUGCUACAGAUUUGAAGGUGACAGUGGAAAAGUUCGGUGAUGUUAUAGUUGACAUCAGCUAUGGAGGAGCCUUCUACGCCUUCGUAGACGCAAAGAGGUUUGGUCUGGAUGUGACCAAGUCCAGGACUCGAGAUCUGGUAGAUGCAGCCACAGCAGUGACUAAAGCUGUCAAAGCUCAGGUGAAGUUGCACCAUCCAACCAGUGAUGAUCUGGCCUUCCUCUAUGGCACCAUCCUCACAGAUGGCAAAGAUAAUUAUUCCUCUGAACCCACUGCCAAUAUGUGUGUGUUUGCAGAAGCUCAGGUGGACCGAAGCCCCACCGGCUCUGGUGUUACAGCGCGAGUGGCCCUUCAGUAUCACAAAGGUCUCAUCCAGCUGAACCAGAUCAGGACGUUUCAGAGUGGAGCAACUGGAUCCCAGUUCACAGGGAAAGCUGUGGAGGAGACUAAGUGUGGAGACUUCAAGGCUGUGGUGGUGGAAGUCGCUGGCAGAGCUUUUUACACUGGAGUUUCACGCUUUGUGCAGGAGCCAGAGGAUAAACUGACACACGGGUUUCUGCUGAAGUGAGACUCAGUGACAGCUUUUGUUUUUUAAACAUGGUUAUACACGAUCAAAGUUAUAAAAUGCUUUUUUUAACUUAACAAGACAAAGAGUCUUCAGUCAUGGGAACAAACAUGCUGACAGUGACAAUGCUGACCUGCUGAUUUAGCAGAUAUAAUGUUUACUGUGUUCAUCAUCUUAGUGUAACGUGUUAGCUUAUAUUUGCUUAUCAGCACUAAUUGCAGAACCAGAUGAGAAUGUCAUGUCAUUCAUUUGGUCAUAAAUCAUAAAAGUAUUGGACAAAAGAUAAUGUACCUGAUGGUGGCACUAGAGGACAUUCAUCCUCUCUGCCAGUGACUGUCUAGAACAUUUCAUGACAAACCGACUGACAUUUACAUCUAUAGAUGCUAGAAGAAACUCAAAAUUCAUGCCAAGUGAAAAUCUUUGAGUUCUCCAAGAAGAGAAAUGCAUAUAUGAUCAUUUUGGAUGGAAUUAAUCACUGUUCAAGAGGACUUACCUGAUCUAAAAAAACAUUAUUUUAGGUAUCACAUGUUGCAUAAAUGACUGUAAAAAGCCAAAAAUUCAAAACAAUGACACAAAUUCAGGCUAACAAAAAUAUUCUGUAUACUGUAUUGUGACAUUUGACUUCAAAAUGGUUAUAAUCAAUAAAUAAUAGGUUACUUAAUUAUG